GCCGGCCGCCGGCAGGACGUGGGGCCGGGCUCGGGGGCGGCAGGGAGGCGGCGCUGUCGGGCCGCGGGCGGACGUGGUGUGUGAGGAACGGGCGGACGACCGGGCCAGCGCCUCCUGCUCGCCGGCGCCCAUUUUGCCCUCCCGCCGAGAAGAGCCGUGCGCGGCCUACACGCUCCGGGGACCUCCCGCCAGCGGCAUCGCUGCCCCCGCCGGCCUUCUCGCGCCCAGGGGACGCUCUUUGGAAAUUGGGUCCCGAGUUAAGGUUUUCUUUUAUUUUGUUUCCAAGUUAGGGGCCUUGAAUUUGGGACCACUCUUUCACUGGACCACUUCCGGUAACCGGCCGGUAACUUCGGUUCGGUGACCUCGGCUCGGAAUGCGCCUCGGCUCGCCCCGGGCUCACGUCCCGAUCUCGGCUUGAGUGGCCCGGGGUGGGUGACCUGAAGUUGUAGCCUCGCUGCUCUUGAGGCGGAUUAAUUAGCCCAAGAAACACUAUAUUCAUGAGACGAGCUUCCUAAGGGCCCGAGUUCAGCAAGUUCAGGUUCCUUUAGGUGACGCAGCCAGGCCAAGCCACCUUCUCACCUCCCAGCUACCUCUCAUGUGGCAACUCUACCCCGAGGAGCGCUACAUGGACAACAACUCUCGCUUGUGGCAAAUCCAGCAUCAUUUAAUGGUCAGGGGCGUACAGGAACUGUUGCUUAAGCUUUUGCCUGAUGAUUAACCGGGUGCUGGGAUUCUAGGAAGAGAUGCUCCACUGUUCUGUUCAUUUUCUGGAUAUGCCGCAGAAGGAUCCGUGCCAGAAACAAGCCUGUGAAAUACAGAAAUGUUUACAAGCCAACAACUACAUGGAAUCUAAGUGUCAGGCUGUCAUCGAAGAACUGCGUAAGUGUUGUGCUCGAUAUCCCAAGGGAAGAUCUCUCAUCUGCUCAGGAUUUGAGAAAGAAGAGGAAGAAAAGCAGACACUGAAGUGCACACCACAGUAAAGUUCUACCGAGAACCGAAACACUGCUCUACGUUUCCACCAUGCGGGUUUUAUUUAUCCGCCUGACUCUUUCUUCAGGCCAGGUAGCAGCAAAUAUCCAAUGAAAAAGUCAACUAUAAAAGUUAAUAUGCCAUCUAUGCAGAACAAAUAUAAAUAUAUUGAACAAAUGUGUAGAAUGGGAUAAACUUGAGCUGCUAAAAUAAAUCUUUUCAGUGAA